GGGAGGGCCCGAGGAGGGGAUUCAGUGAUUGGGGGUAGCGUGACGUGUGAGUUAUGUACUUUGGUCUGUUUAUAUACCCUACCCUGUACUUCCGCUGUCUGUAUUUAGUAACUUUGAUAACUAACACAACGCUUCUGUUGUUGUUAUAUUUCCCCGUCUAUGACACCGAAAUCUUUCUCGUGUACUAUAAUCUGUAUCUAGGUACCCUUACUCGAAUAAUCGCAAUGCCUAAGAUCUAGCCCGAUGAAACAAUGGUAGAAUAAAGAACCCUCUCAUCCCAACUUGUCUCGGAAUAUCAACGCGGCAUCUAGGAUCUUUCCCGUUCCAAGCUCAACACUGCCCCCACCCUUUCCCCAAACAGCAGCAACAUCUACGCAGUCUCCACAACCUGCACAACCUCCCCAUCCGCAACCUUCCCCCCCUCCACCAUCCCCUCCUUCGCCUCCACCUCCGCAGGCGGCACCACAAUCCCAUACUUCUCAUACGGAAACCCCAAC